AAAUAUAUCAGAAGCACGUAUCCGCUCUUUUGGCUCGCUGUCUCGCUGUUACGUCGAACGAGAGCGACGAAAGUCUGACACCAUUGCUAGAAAUUUUCAAGGGGGUAUUUAUUUUACCGGAGAAAAGUCAUAUUUCAAAAUCAUAUGUUCGCGGUUCCAAAGCAAUUUUGGAGAUGGUGAAUUCGUGGCAAGCAUCGUAAUAAAAACCUCGAUUGUUUUUUAGUACAUAUAAGAAAAACGUUCUCCAAAACUCGAAGACUCAAUAACACAAUCCGUAGCUGGGAUCUGCGCUUCUACUGCAGUUGGUGCUAAAAACUCUGCGAUUGCCCUUAUUUUACAACUAGCGCCCAAGACGUUCUAAGCUUUACGGAGAUAUGGCAAGUAAAGGACCACGAAAAAGCCGGGAUGUUCAAAAAAAGUGCAAAUCAAGAGAUGCAGCCAGGUCCAGAAGAGGACAGCAGAAUGACGAGUUUGCGGAAUUGUCACAUCAGCUACCCUUGCCCAAAUCCAUAUCAAGUCAGCUGGACCGGCUUUGCAUCAUGAGGCUAACAAACAGUUACAUCAAGAUCAAACGGCUCCUCAGCACGAUGAUGAACCAAGAUGUACCCAAUGUGUAUGCCCUUAACUUCCAAGAAUCCUCUUUGUUUGACAAACAGUUGCUUCAGGCUUUAGAUGGGUUUGUGUAUGUUAUAGCCCAAGAUGGACAAUGCUUGUACAUCUCUGAAAAUGUCACUUAUUACUUGGGACUCUCACAGAUCGAGGUAACUGGCAACAGUUUGUACAAGUAUGUUCAUCCCUGCGACCAUGAGGAACUUGCCAAUCAACUUGGGGGUCGGAUCCCAUUAGAAGACAUGGAGAUCUUUGAUGGCUUAUUUUGCUCUGACUCUGUCUUCAUGAUGAGUAACAACUUGAAAGCAGGCUCAAAACGUGUUGACAGCAGCGACCACUACAAGUCUUUCUUUUUGCGCAUGAAGAGCACACUAACAAGCAGAGGGAAAAAUGUCAACCUCCGGGCAUCAACUUACAGAGUGGUCCACUGCACUGGUAGCAUGAAGUACAAGACGAUCAUCAAUAAAGAAGGCCAGGAACAGAAAGUCCCCCUCUUCCUGGUCGCCAUUGCUGUACCUCUGAUGUUUGCUACCACAUUCGAGGUACCUCUGGAUCGGGGAACAUUUACUAGUCGUCACAUGUUGGACAUGAAAUUCCUCCAGUGUGAUGACCGGGUAUCCAGCCUGCUGGGUUACACUAGAGAGGAGAUGAUAGGCAAAUCGUGGUAUAGCUUCCAUCAUGCUGCAGACUUAGACAACGUGCUCAAUACUCAUAAAAUGCUUUUGACCAAGGGACAGUCGGUCAGCAAGUACUACCGCUUCAUGGUCCGGGGAGGUGGCUGGGUGUGGCUACAGACGAAAGCUAACGUGGUUUACGAUAGCAAGACUUGUCAGCCCCAAUUCGUAUUCUGCAUUAACUAUGUUCUAGGCGGAAAGCAGGAUAGUUCGGCGCUGCUUGCAACAGAGCAGAUAAACCCUGUCCCUAGUGCACUCGCCCUAGAAACCAUCAUCAAGACCGAGGAAGGCCAACAGCCCCCGUUGCCCUUAAAAGAGACAAUCGUGUUGGAGGAGCAAGCCAAAGCCAGGAAAAACAUGGCUAAAGAGGCAAAGAGCACUCAAGUGAAAUCGGAGCCGUCCUUUACGCCCUGCAAGAUCAAGGAAGAAAACGACAGCCGCGACUGCAGCUGCAUCGAGAUGGAUUGCGAACACAUGAACUUCCAGGAAGUGACACCCGUCACGUGGGAAGACAUGAUCCAGCAGCAACAAGAGUACGAUCGCUCCACGUGGGACCAUUACAACAACUCACGGGACGCGGACAGGGGGAUGGACACGCCCCGCCUGUCUCCCGACCCCAAGGACGAGUCCAUGCCCAGCUCAGAGGAGUCCACGGAGGACAGCAAGGAAAGCGAGGAGAGUGAGGCGGUUGACGAGUCGAACGAGCUGCAGAACCGCGCGCCGUACAUCCCCCCACCCACCGGUGAUGCGGCGCUCAUGUGCGAUAGCGGGCUGUUGGAAGAGAUCUCGUUCGCCGACUCCCCGCUUGUGAUGCCUUCGUGGUUAGAUGGAGACGAGCUACUGCAUGUUCGAAGGGUCACCAUCCCCCAACAGACAGCGCAGAAGAGUCUUUCCAACGGGCCCUCGCCCAUCCUGUCGCGGAAGAGGUUCUUGCCGGACGCCAUCCGCCGCAAUGGUUACAUUACGAACGAUAUGCUGACGGGCGUGAAAGCUCUAUUCCCCUAUGUAACCCAAAGCGAUGCCGAGGUGAAUGCGCCUGUACAAUCGUGUAAUCUCCUGCAAGGUAGCGACCUCCUGACGGCGCUAGACCAGUGCGAUCCAACCUUCAUGUAACCAAACAGGACAUAGCCACUAUUACCUAUGUACAUACUAUCAUCAUCUCGGUUUUAAAAUUUGAGCCGCCUAUAAAUACUAUACAUACAACAGUAGGACAUAUUUCCUCGUAUUCGCGCCAGGGUAUCACGGUGUGUCGGAUCUGCCUUGUUUAGUCCAUGCGCUCCUUAGAUCCCUGGUUCUAAUUCAAAGAAAUAUUGUGUAUUUCUAACUUAACAUAUUCAUAGUAUUAUUUUCCUAUCGCGUUAGUCUGAUACCCAUAAGAUUAUCAUUACAACUUCCGAGGUAGGUGGCUUUUGUAUACCAAAGGUCUGUUGUUACGGGGCGAAAGGAGUUUCAGGAUGAGGUAGUUGAACACAGAUCCGCAGGUAGAGAUAUCGUUCGUGUCUACAAUUCCCCCGUUCUAUAUUUUAUCUAUUUUCUUACAGUUUAGAUGAGGGGGAGAUGAACGCGUUUUCUAUGCUUGUAUGCGCUUCAUGCCAAUAGUUAGAGUUUGCUGGAAGAAAACUGUAGUUACAUGACACUUAACGAGUGCGAAGGAAAGACAAGUGUGUUGUUUUCCAUAGAUUGAUUUAAUCAGUUUAAGGUAAAAAGACAUAAAUUAUAAUUAAUUUAAGUAAAAAGUAAAAUAGAUAUAUUAAACUGCUAAAGGUUCUCACCUCGUGUUUUUAUUUUACACCAUUUUUAUGAAACAAACUCGUUUAUAAGGUCUAAUAAUGAUUUUCGCUGUUAAUCGCAAAAUCGUGCCUUGAAUUUCUUGUAGUCAUGCGAGAUCGAUUGUGUCAUGAUUUAUUUAUUGUAUUGUCUUAUUUUGGUUGCACCUCGCAAAUCUAACGUUAGUAGAAGUUGAAAAUAACGUGACUGCAGUGGAAAGACUCAAACCUUUUUUGUAAAGUUGAGAGAUCCACCGGACGAUUUUCUUUCCAUGGGUGACAUGUAUCUUGGCCCUGUUCAUUGUUUCUUUUCUUGCAAAACUCGAGUAGAUUUCUUAGAAAACUUCAAAAGAAAAAUUCAUCACUAUUCUGAGACAACCAAUACCGUUUUAGGUUAUUACGAUCGAAACGGCGCCGUAGGUAUUUGUCGCCCUGUUGUGUUCUUAAAUUAGAAUAGAUGUACGUUUAGAAUGUACUAGUAUAUAGAUAAUAAUAUACCAUACUAAUAAAUACUGACUAUGGAA